CGCAUCAGUGGAACGACUGCGACAAAUAGCUAAAACGGAUACAACAAAUAGCGCGUUUUGUGAGAAGUGGUUAUCCAUUUACUACGGCUUACACUUUUGACCACGUCGGCAGUGCACUGAAAGCAGACAGUGGUGAAAAACGAUUUAGUAGACUAUUAAAAUACAUCAGUUCUUUUGAUUUUAUAUCGAGGGCUUUUCAGGAGAAUACCGUCUAAAUGCGCAUGCACAAAAUUGACUGUCGAGAAAAGAACGCAAUAUGAUGGAAAUAAUAAUACAUUAUUAAAUUCCUUUCAGUCCAAAGAGAUAAACCAACUGAACCGGAGCCGCGAGUGUGGGGUUCUUGGAGAGAGAAAAAGAGAGCGAGAAAGAAGCGAGAGAGAGAGAGAGCGAGAGAGAGAGCGAUGGACUGGAGGGGUUGAUGAUGCGUUGUGGUUAAUGUAACAUUUGUCGUCAAUCUGGAGUUCAGACGUGACAAUGGACAGAUAAUGGAAGCAGUGACUACAGGACUUCGACAGUCAAUCCUUUUCUGGUAGUCUUUUGCUUUUGAUAAUGCAUUGUGCGAAGAAGAGCGGCAAAGAAAAUAACAUCGCGUGGGUUUUGGAUACAGGCACAACCACAACUCCAAAGGCAACCGAAAUUAUGUAAUUAAUGGAGAUGUUCUAGUGUUCGAAGUCUAAUUUAAUCUCAAACUGAAAUAAUUGGAUCAAACAUUUGAAUACAGGGGAAAGUCGAGACAGUGGGCUCCGCGCGUGGGGCUCAGCCUAUGUAGUCCCAGAUGCACUACAGUAUUCUGUUACUUUUUAUGGCUACAGCUGGAGACCGAUGGGUUACGAGCGAGAUUUGACAGACAUGUGCAGUCCGGAGCAGCAAUAAUACCCCGCAUCGCACAGGAGCCAGCGGUCUGUGAUUCUGCAAUAAGGAGCUGAUAAAAGCAAUACAUUGUUCUGUAACUAAAGUGAUCCAGUACGCAAUGGGCGACAAGGCGUCAAACUUCAGGGGAAGCACCGGCGAGUGGCUAUCGUCACCUACCAGACGGAUACUUUAACGAUUGGCGAAGCUCUAAGUAAAAAAGAAGGGAAGUAAAACGAUUUAGAAGAGAGAUUAACUUUUGGUUGGGAAUUUAAUUGGAUAAACGGUAGGAAAAAGAAAGACACUUUCUGGGUGAAAUGAGUCACAUUCUCUGCCUGACAGUACCACUGUGAUUAGGGUCGAAAGGUUUAAAUGUUAUUAUUUAGAAUAUUACAUAUAACAUCGGACUGCACUUGACAUGGUCACUUUUGUUUACCCAAUUACACAGGGUAGGCUACGAUUAAGUGGCAACGAUGGACAUUAAUAGGUUAGUAAUUUGAAGUCAAAGAAUAUAUAGCCAUAUUAUUAUUUGUGUCAAUAAAUUGAGAUAUAAAAGGGGUAUUUUAAUUUGCACUAUGAUGGAAGUACCACCACCAUGCUCGAAAAAGAGCCUUUCUCUCUCGCUCCCCGUUCCCCGGGAGCAGGCGACCCUGAAGCCUCCGCAACAUCUUUGGAGGCAGCCACGGACCCCCAUCAAAAUCAAACACCGGGGAUACUCCGACACCGACCGCCAUCACCACCGAGGGAUAGAGCGCUCUAAUGCCAUGGACACGAGCGACAGACCGGGGCUUAGGAAGUGUCGGAUGUCCUGGCCAUCCUCGUUCCAAGGAACCACAAACCCCUCCAUCGGCAAUUGUGUUGGAAAUAGACGUUUUGACUCAGAGAAUGGUCCGUCGCCCGGCCGCAGCCCCAUGGAUUCGCAGGCGAGUCCUGUGCUGGGGCUGCACCCCUCCUUUACCACAGAGGGGUGCAGGAGUCGCGGGGAGCGCAGGGAGUCCUUCCUGUACCGAUCAGACUCUGACUAUGACAUGUCCCCCAAGACCAUGUCACGUAACUCCUCCAUCAACAGUGAGGGGCAUGCAGAAGAUCUCAUAGUCACCCCUUUUGCUCAGGUGUUGGCCAGUCUGCGAACUGUAAGAAGCAACUUCACCAUCCUCGCCAAUGUCACGACACCCACUAACAAGAGGUCACCAGUGACAAGCCAACCCACUGUUCCCCAGGCAACACUCUCUGAUGAGACGUACCAGCAGAUGGCAAGGGAGACUCUGGCUGAGUUAGACUGGUGUCUGGACCAGCUGGAGACCAUCCAGACCCACCGCAGCGUCGGUGACAUGGCCUCCAACAAGUUUAAGAGGAUGUUGAACCGGGAGCUAUCUCACCUGUCAGAGAUGAGUCGUUCAGGGAACCAGGUGUCUGAAUACAUCUCCACUACCUUCCUGGAUAAGCAGAAUGAGGUAGAGAUCCCGUCUCCGACCCUGCGGGAACGGGAACGGGAGCGGGAGCGUGACAAGCCCAUGUGUCAUAUCAGUGGAGUGAAGAAGCUGACACACAGCUCCAGCCUGUCCAUCAACACCACCAUGCCACGCUUUGGAGUCAAGACGGAACAGGAGGACGCACUGGCCAGGGAGCUGGAUGACUUGAAUAAGUGGGGCCUUAAUAUCUUUCGUCUGGCUGAGUUCUCCAAUAAUAGGCCUCUCAGCUGUAUCAUGUUCGCCAUCUUCCAGGAGAGGGAUCUGUUGAAGACGUUUCGAAUCCCUGUCGACACUUUUGUGACCUAUGUUAUGACCCUGGAGGACCACUACCAUGCCAACGUGGCCUACCACAACAGCCUCCACGCCGCUGACGUCACACAGUCCACCCAUGUCCUGCUGUCCACACCGGCUCUGGACGCUGUGUUCACUGAUCUGGAGAUCCUGGCUGCGUUAUUUGCUGCUGCCAUCCAUGAUGUGGAUCAUCCUGGCGUGUCCAACCAGUUCCUCAUCAACACCAACUCGGAGCUGGCUCUGAUGUACAACGAUGAGUCAGUCCUGGAGAACCACCACCUAGCCGUGGGCUUCAAGCUGCUCCACGAGGACAACUGUGACAUCUUCCAGAACCUCAGCAAGAGGCAGAGACAGAGCCUGCGCAAGCUCGUUAUCGAUAUGGUGUUGGCGACGGAUAUGUCCAAGCACAUGAGUUUGCUGGCUGAUCUGAAGACCAUGGUGGAGACGAAGAAGGUGACCAGUUCAGGAGUGCUCCUGCUCGACCACUACACUGACCGCAUCCAGGUGCUGAGGAACAUGGUGCACUGUGCGGACCUAAGUAACCCCACCAAGCCCCUGGUCGUGUACAGAGAGUGGACUGAGCGCAUCAUGGAGGAGUUCUUUAGACAGGGGGACAAGGAGAGGGAGAGAGGCAUGGAGAUCAGCCCUAUGUGUGACAAACACACUGCUUCUGUGGAGAAGAGUCAGGUGGGCUUCAUCGACUACAUCGUGCACCCUCUGUGGGAGACGUGGGGGGACCUGGUGCACCCUGACGCCCAGGACAUCCUGGACACUCUGGAGGACAACAGGGACUGGUACCAGAGCACCAUCCCCCAGAGCCCCAUCUCCCCAGCCCCAAUCCCCCUCGGCCCAGACAAGAGGCUCAACGCCUGCAUCGACAAGUUCCAGUUCAAGCUCACCUUGGAUGACGACACGGAGGGAGGACAGGAGGAAGAGGAGGAGGAGGAGGAGGAGGUGAAAACCACCCCCAAUCACAUGGUGCUCGACUGCAGUCAGGGAGAGAAGGAAGACAAGAAAGAAGAGGAGGAAGGAGAGGACGUGGUAAAGGAUGAAAGGGAAGGAGACAUCAUCGAGGAGGAAGGGGAAGUAGGGAUGGAGGAGGAGGAGGUGGAGGAGGAGGAGGAGAAGAGGGGAGUUCUUCAGCGAGCUCAGUCAGGGGUGGAGAUACUCUCUGACACAAGCCCCGUGGAGGACGAGGAGGAGGAAGACUCCUCCUCACCAGCUGAUGACACAUGAAUUUUGCUCCUCUCUCGCCGGCCACACCCCACAUGCACACACCCCGCCCCUGUUGUCCAUCCUUUAUUUCCGAUGGUCAACACCCAAGAUCAAAUAAGACUGCAUAGACAAUAGACCUUUAAAUCUAUUUUUCAAAAAGGGAACACAAAUAAUUUUGCUUAAAGAAAAGCUAUUUACACAGCAACUGUAGAUUUGGAGUGGGAGCUGGAGGUGUUUCUUCCAGCUGAUGCUUUGAGGAACUGCUAUGAGGACAAAGAGUAACAUAGAGAAGCAUUAAUAAUGGGCCAUUGAAGACAGUGUAGCACUGGAACUGAAACACACACACAUAAACAUGCACAAACUCACCUCCACACACAAACACACCUCACUCACACUUUGAUUCAUGGGGAAAAAAACUCUGAAGUCUACACACGAGAAUGUGUGUGUUUGUGUGUUUGCGCGUGCCUAUGUGGGCGUGUGUGUUUAGAGGACUCUGAUUGGUAACGAAUCUCUUUGGAAAAAGCCAUCUCUAUAUGGAGUAUUAACUAGCGUCAGUCAGUAUUACUAGUUCAUGUUUGUUAGAAUUCAAUGAGUGACUUAUUUUCCAUUUCUGUCGGAAAGAAAACUACAGAUAUCUAUCUAUAGAGGAGGAAUGGAGCGAGAAAAGAAGAGAGGAUUAAGUUUAAUAAAGAAAGGAAGAUGCUGUGAUGAGGGGACCUGAGGGUCCCGCCUCCAUUUUCCCAUUUUCCCUUUAUGAAGAAGUGCUACCGGUGCAAGAUGGCUGUGUGCCUUUCUGGAAACACCAGCUCCUGAAACAUGGAGCUGUCGUGAAGCAAUGCAUCGUGGGACAGAAGUGUCGGCUUUUGUCUUCAUUUUUGAUUGUCUCUUGUUCAAAGAUCUAUUGUAACUAUUCAUGAUUUAAUGUGUGUGUGUGUGUGUGUGUGUGUGUGUGUGUGUGUGUGUGUGUGUGUGUGUGUGUGUGUGUGUGCGUGUGCGUGUGCGUGUGUGUGUCACAUGCUCAGUCCGUUUCUGUGGUGACAGGUUUUCAGCUGUAAGUCUUCCUUUGUUGCUUUUCAAGUUGAUGAGACGUUUCAGAACUCAUAGAUAAGGAGCAGUCACUACCACUACACCACCACACCUGCUGCUUGUACACUCUCCAGUUUUUACAUACGAAAAUUAUUUUUCUUUUUUACUUUCUGAGGAUAAGCCAUGUGAUACUUUACAGUGUAUGUUCUGCCUGUUUUCUAUUUAUUAUCAUUUUGGCUAAAUAUGUUUGAAGGAUUAGGAUAAUAUCAUCAGCAGCACAAAUUCACAUUCCACCUCUUACCCACUCACACUGUAUUUAUUCACCAGUCUCUUCUCGCUUACUGCAUCAGUUGUCACCAAAGCAACAGAUUGGAAACUGAUGAGGUUAGAGAUGCUUUGACGGGGCAGACUGAGAGGAUUUUGUCAGGGUGAUUUUAGGAUUGGAGGGAAUCGAAAGAACGAGCUUGGCCAGAAAGGAGGCUGUUCAGACAGUCACACACAGCCAUUCUUGUUACGUUUUAAGCUUUUCUGCCUUAAUGUCAAAUGCAGGAUACAUACCUGCCACUAUGUAGAUUUAUAAAAUAAAUUCUAAAUAUCCUAGUAUAUUUAUA